AUCGCUGGAGGCCGCCGCCGGGAGAGGAUGCCCGCCGCAGCCCAGUAGACAAAAGAGGCGCCCCGGCCGCCGCCGCCGCCGCUCCGGCGCUCCAUGUUGGCCAAGGCGGCGGCGGGCGGAGCGGGCUCGGCGGCGGCGGCGGGCAGGGCGAGCCGGGCCGCAGCCCCCGCCGGGCAUCCGGGCCGCGGCGCCAUGGAGCCGGCGCUGACCUGCCAGCGGAGCCCCGGCCUGCGCCUGGCCGACCUGGCCGCGCUGCACGCCGGAGGAGCCCUCGGGGCCGGGCCCGCGCACCUGCACCCGGGGGACCUGGGCGCCCCCGACCCUGCCGCCGCCGCCCCCUUUGGGCCCGAGCCCGCGGCGGCGCUGAAGCUGGGCGACGAGAGCCCCUUCGCCUUCCCGGUGGUGGCGGCGGCGGCGGCCGGGCGGGAACUGCUGGCGCUGCGCAGAGAGCGGCCCACCGAGGCGCCCAUGUUCAUCUCCUCGGCUGGCACCUACGGGGCGGGCGGCGAGGCCCACGGAGCAGCCCUCUUCCCGCCCCUGCCCGAGCCGGCGCCGCUCAACGGGCAGCUGCGCCUGGGUCUGGCCGUGGCGGCGGCGGCGGCGGAGCUCUACGGGCGCGGGGGCGGGGAAGCCUUCCGCCCGGGCUCGGCCGCUGCCUGCGAGGCGCCCUUCGGCCCCUCCGCGCCGCCCGCCUACCUGGCCGCCGCGGCCCUCCUGCAGCAGCAGCAGCAGCAGCAGCCGUCGGGGGCCCCUCCGCCCGCCGAGCCCCCCGGGCCUGCCCAGGCCGCUGCCGCCGCCGCUUUCCUGCGCUACCUGCGGCAGCCGCGCAUCAAGCAGGAGCUGAUCUGCAAGUGGCGGGACGUGGGGCCGGCUCCCCCCUGCGCCAGGACCUACAGCACCAUGCCCGAGCUGGUGGGGCACGUCACGGUGGAGCACGUCGGGGGCUCGGAGCAGAGCAGCCACGUGUGCUUCUGGGAGGAGUGCCCCCGCCAGGGGAAGCCCUUCAAGGCCAAGUACAAGCUCAUCAACCACAUCCGCGUCCACACCGGCGAGAAGCCCUUCCCCUGCCCCUUCCCCGGCUGCGGCAAGGUCUUCGCUCGCUCCGAGAACCUCAAGAUCCACAAGCGGACUCAUACAGGAGAGAAGCCUUUUAAGUGCGAGUUUGACGGCUGCGACCGGAAAUUUGCAAACAGCAGCGACAGGAAAAAACACUCCCAUGUGCACACCAGUGACAAGCCAUAUUUCUGCAAAGUCAGAGGUUGUGACAAAUCCUACACGCACCCGAGCUCCUUGCGCAAGCACAUGAAGAUCCACUGCAAAUCCCCCCCACCCUCUCCGCCUCCAGGGCCUCAUGGCUUGCAGCCCGCAGGGACACCGCUGGGGGCCCCUCUGUCCCCUCUCCAGGACAUGGGCAGGAGCCGCCCUGCCAACCUUUCUCCUCAGGUGACCAAUCUCAACGAAUGGUAUGUCUGCCAGGCCAGUGGGGUACCCAACCACUUCCACAAGCCAUCCAGCAAUGCCACAUCUUCCGAGGAGGAAGAGGAGGAGGAGGAAGAGACUUAUAGGAACUCUGAGGCCAGAACUAUUCACUCAAACUGAGAAAGAGAGCGAGCGAGAGAGAGGUGGCACACCUGUGCUAUCUUGGAGAACUCAGCUAUUUAUUCCUAUAUGAAACCCUAUGGUGUUUGUAUGUGUAAUUAAUUUAAUUAAGACAUUGGACUUGCUUUUUCUUUUUAAUUAAAAGGAAGAAUCUUUUGAGGGGGAAGAACAUCCACCAAGCUGGACUGUGACAAUGAUUCAACUUGCACCUUUGCAAGUUUAAGGAAGUUCAAGGAUCGUGUCCAGGGAAUUGCAUGCACUGGCAAUUCCCAUGCAGUAGUUUACCCGAAAUGAAACUGGGAUGGAAGGGGGUGUUUAUGAAUGUAACUUAGUAGCAGAUAGACUUUCUGUGUUCCGGCACAGGCUUGAAGAUCUUGCAUCCCUUGCCAAAAGUUACAUUGGUGCCCCCCCCCGUGCCCCCCAUCAGUUUCCAGUUCCUCAAUUUCCAGAUCCUAGAUGUUUACAUGCACAGUUUACUGCCAUUAAAACCCUCAUGGUUUAACUGUCACCAGUGUCUAAAAAAAAAAAAUCCCUGAAGGUACUCCUGGGGUUGUGGACACAGCCCUCUCAAACCUGCAGCAAAAUUUUCUUAGUUUUACAGAUCAAGGCUAAAACCCUAGCACAGUAUUUUGGUGCAUUGUUUGAAGUGAAACUGGUUUCUCCGUCAAUGGCAUUUCACAGAUGUUAACCCAUGAAAGGUUUUGAAAGGAACACUGGGCAUUCUUGUGAAGGUUUCUUUUUGGGGCACCCUCAUUUUCAACUGUUUACUCAGAAAUAAAUCACACUGAUUUAAAUAGGACUGACUUCCAAGGAUGUAUAUUUCUCUUAAUUUGUUUCCUUGUUAUAAUCUUGAAAGGAACCCAUUUGUUAAAAGCUGAUAAUAUGGCAACACUGAUCCUAUGGCUUAAAAAAACAUUACUGGUAUCUCGUCUUGAAACAUCUAUCCCUUGGUUUUGCAACAGAAUUUGCUUGCAAGUAAAUGUUAUUUAUAGCAGGACUAGUGUAUGGGAUCAGCUGCAUUUGAUGGUUUGUCUUCUUGUGCUGUUAAUGGCAGAAGCCUUGAGUCUAAACACACUUGUGAUGCAACCUGUAGGGGGUUUUGAGUAAGCAUGUUUGGUACGGUAGGUCAGAAGUACUGUCGACUUCACCACUGUUGUUGUGACCAGUGACCAAAUCUCCCCGUCAAAAGAGCUAUGAUGCGAAUGACAUGGUGGUUCCAUAACUGUGAACAAAAGGGUUUUUUUUAAAAAAAAAUGGUUUGUACACUUUUAUGGCAGGAGCCCUGUUUUGUAUGCAACCCACCCAAUGGUCAAAGUGAACUGAGGUUUUAAAGAAAGCAAAUUGUUAUCAACAUAGCACCGAAGGGAGAAGGGAGAUGCGGCACAGAUGAUCUUUGACAUGGCUGCCAAGCUAUUCAGGGGCAAGGUUAUGGUAAGCUGACAGUUUCUGAUGCAUUGGUAAAUGACACCUUUCACAGGCAAAAUGGUGAUUCCUCAUAAGUACCCGACAGAAAUCAUCUCAAGAGCACUAAUGUAUCCUCAGAGACCACUGAGGAAGGAUCCGUUCACCUACUCAUUUCCAAGACCUGUGGGAAUGCGUGGGGAUUUUUGUGUGCGUCUGUGUGCCGUGAUACGUAGUCUUGUCAUUGUUACAACCUGUAUGUGGAAGUGCUUAAUUUCUGUACAGUUGAAUUAAUUUAUUUUUAUGUCAUCUUUUUUCUUUCUUUUUUUAAUUUGGAAGAGUACAGGACACGCCAAAGAGGAAUAUUAAUAAUCCGGGUGAUAGGUGUCUAUGAUUCUGUGGUUGUUCAGGAGGGGGGAAAGUCAUAUUUUUCAAGUUACUUGAAUGAACAAUGUAAUGUGAACCGGGCCCUUCCUGCAUGUCUUCUGUGCAGUGUGUUGGUGAUUCUUAUAUAGUUUCUAGUAAUAUUUGUUUCAUAGUACAGUGCAUGGUGCUGUCCAUCCACAAGCCUUUAUAUGCUGAUCAUAUGAACAGAGGAAAGGACACUCCUUUUAAUAUCUAUAAAUAUAUACAUAAAAACUUGAACACACACCUUUUUUAAAAAAAAUUGAUUCGCAUUCCUUUCUUUUUCAUAACCUAUUCAGAUAAGGGGGAAACAGUGAAGCAGAACAUGGAUUUCUAAAGGAUAAUUUAUUUUUGUUUUAGGAAAUUUGCUGUGGAUUUUGAAAUAACUGUUUAAUUUAUGUGUUUGCUUCCCCACAAAAUAGAUUGCACUGUUCAUUACAGCAGCCUGAUAGGAAACUAAUACAUUUCAGAAAAUGCAAUUAUUUGGAUGCAACUACUUAGUUUUCAAUAGGACUUGCCACCAAGGAAAUGGGAUUACUUGGAGGAUGGUGGUAGAAGUUGCUGGAUCUCUAUCUGCUGUGCCCUGAAGAUGACAAAAUUAUCUCCCCCCCCCCCGCAUUUUUUGCAACAUACAAUACCUCUUUCAAUACUGUAAACCUGGUCAUAGAAAGCAAGAGUGGGUAAAGUACAAUAAAACAUACUUCUUAA